GCCAUUUGACAGUUCACACGCCUUGAAGAUGGCAAAAGCGAAUGUGGAAAAGCAUUAUGCCGUGGUCGGCGUGUUGGAGGAUUUCAACAAAACUCUGGCUGUUCUCAGUCACUAUGUCCCAAAGUUUUUCCGUGGCGCCGCUCGACUUUAUGAAGACCAAGGCGACGAUCUUCCGGGUGCAGAGAAGAACUGGUACAAACGGCCAGUGUCGCAAGAAAUCCAAGAUUUAGUCAGCCGGAACUUGACAAACGAAAUCGAUUUCUACAAUUUUUGCCGA